GCAAUAAAGGGCACCGCGGCGGUGGGGGCCCGGGAGUGGGCACAUGGGGGUGGGGGUGUGCAGGUGCCAAGUGCCAUGGGUUAGGCCCGAGAUAGGAGUCCGGCCGCCCACCGACAGCAGCCGCCUCCUGCUCCCCACGCGCUUCAGGCGCCACCAUGUCGGGCGACAAGCUUCUGAGCGAACUCGGCUAUAAACUGGGCCGCACGAUAGGCGAGGGCAGUUACUCCAAGGUGAAGGUGGCUACGUCCAAGAAAUACAAGGGAACGGUGGCCAUCAAGGUGGUAGACCGGCGGCGCGCGCCGCCAGACUUCGUCAACAAGUUCCUGCCACGCGAGUUGUCCAUCCUUCGGGGCGUGCGGCACCCGCACAUCGUGCACGUCUUCGAGUUCAUCGAGGUGUGCAACGGGAAGCUGUACAUCGUGAUGGAGGCGGCUGCCACCGACCUACUGCAGGCCGUGCAGCGGAACGGGCGCAUCCCCGGGGGGCAGGCGCGCGACCUCUUCGCGCAGAUCGCCGGUGCUGUGCGCUACCUGCACGACCACCACCUGGUGCACCGCGACCUCAAGUGCGAAAACGUGCUGCUGAGCCCUGAUGAACGCCGCGUCAAGCUCACCGACUUCGGCUUCGGCCGUCAGGCGCAUGGCUACCCCGACCUGAGCACCACCUACUGCGGCUCGGCCGCCUACGCGUCGCCCGAGGUACUCCUCGGCAUCCCCUACGACCCCAAGAAGUACGACAUAUGGAGCCUGGGUGUUGUGCUCUACGUCAUGGUCACCGGGUGUAUGCCCUUCGACGACUCCGACAUCGCCGGUCUGCCCCGGCGUCAGAAGCGCGGCGUUCUCUACCCCGAUGGCCUCGAGCUGUCUGAGCGCUGCAAGGCCCUAAUAGCCGAGUUGCUGCAGUUCAGCCCGGCGGCCAGGCCCUCCGCGAGCCAAGUAGCGCGCAACUACUGGCUGCGUUCGGAGGACUCCGGCUAGAAGCCGGAGUUCCCACCAUUCCCGCCGCCCCGAGCACUGCGCAAGCGCAGCGCACGCGCAAGAAGCGCGCUUCCGGAGUUCCGCGAAGCCGCCGCGCAACACUGCGCACCCGCCCUUUCCU